AAAAAGAGACGAACAUGAAGAUAUGAUCGCGCUGAUGAGGAAUCCCUGAUCGGCGCCGCGCGAGUCCCGAAUGUUUGGAUCCAUGAGCAGCGGCGGACGUCAACACGAGCAGCUGACCUGGGAGUGCGGCGAGAGUUCUGGACUGUUCUAGAGUUCAAAGCAAGAUUAAAAGAUGCCAGAAGUUGAACAGUCUAAGGAAGUUAAGGUGGAGAAGGUGGAGGAAGUGAGUGUGGAGGGUAAGGAUGAGGAACCAGAUGAAUGGUUGGACAUCCUGGGCAGUGGAGACCUGAAGAAGAAGGUGAUAAAGGCUGGAAUUGUUGAGUCCAGGCCCAGCAAGGGAUAUGCAGUGGUAGUGCGGGCAAGUGGACAGCUGGAGGAUAGCACAGCAGUGGAUGUCCAUGAUGAGCUGACCUUCACAAUUGGUGAUAGUGAGGUGAUUCUUGGUUUAGAAAUGAUUCUGCCACUAAUGGACAAAGGAGAAAUUGCCGAUGUCUACAUGGGAUCCAGGUUUGCAUAUGGGAGUGAUGGCCUGCCUCCGAGCAUUCCAGGAGAUGCCAGUAUAACCUACCGUGUGGAGCUGCUGGACUUCUCCCCAGAGCAGUCCCCUGAGUCUCUGUCUUUGGACCAGCGCAUGGCGAUUGGGAAUCGCAAGCGUGAACGAGGUAACUGGUGGUUCAACCGAGGGGAGUAUGCCAAGGCCAUACAGUGCUACAGUGCGGCAGUUGACUUUUUGGAUGAUGCUGAAGUGGAGUAUGGGGAAGAUGUGAGGCCAGAGGUUCAGACCAUUCUUACAGAGCGGUUAAAGGCCCUGAACAACAUGGGUGCAGCUCAGAUGAGGAUUGAGGCCUAUGAUGUAGCUCUGAAGUCCUUGGAAGCAGUUUUAAGGUGUCAACCUGACAAUGUGAAGGCUUUAUUCAGGAAGGGAAAGGUACUGGGUCUGCAAGGCAAGAUGAAAGAUUCCAUCAUGUUCCUCAAGAAAGCUCUGGAGUUGGAACCGGAGUCCCGUCUCAUCCACCAGGAGUUGGCAAAAAUGAGGGAGAAAGCCCGCAUUGAAGCUGAGUCAGAGAAGAGCCUCUACAGACGUAUGCUGGGCCUCAAAAAAGAUUCAACCCAGGGAGAAGAACGUUAUCCUACCCUUAAAAACUUUCCUUGGAAAUCCUGGUUCAUAUCCUUUAUAACCAUAGGCUUUGCCUUGGUUGCUUACACCAAGGGGCCUGCACUUUACAAGUUCUUCCUUUAACACAAACAGUUUUGCACUAUCCCAAACCUCCUUCUUUAUGAUAAAAUGAAAGCAAGAAGUGACAGGAUAUUACAUGAGUUCAGCAGGACUGUAAUUACUCACUUGAAUAUCCUUAAACCAUAUCUUUAGAAACCUGCCAAGCUUUGAAUAUUUGUUUGGGUUCUGUAACAGUACUAUUGUACAAAGAUUUUAACAGCCUGCAUUAGAAUUCAGGUUGUGAUAUUUGUAUGGGAAAUCCGAGUUCAAAGUGUUAAUUUUAACAUGAGGGAAAAGAUAGUCUCAUUUCUAUAACUAGUAUACUAUCUUAAUAUGAAUGUAUAUUUUAAUGAACACUAAACAUGAACAAGUUGAGUUUAGAUAGAGGGGAACAUUUGAGGGAGGUUUAUUUAUUAAAAGUACUAUGAUAUAUAUAUAUAUAUAUAUAUAUAUAUAUAUAUAUAUAUAUAUAUAUAUAUAUAUAUAUAUAUAUAUAUAUAUAUAUAUAUAUAUAUAUAUAUAUAUAUAUAUGCAUACAUAUGUGAGAGUUCAAUUCUGUGCCUCUGAUUGCUGUGAAAUCUCAUCUUACCUUCUAAAGCUUCAUGCAUGUGAUCAGGUGCUCUUUAUUCACUCAAAAUUAUCUACCUCAGAUUGCACACUGAGAAAUAUUUAUCUUUACUUAGUCUUUAUGUGCUGCAGAGUUCUACUUUUUAUGUAUAAUGCCAUAUUUGACAGGCAGCUGACACUCUUGAUUUUUCAUAUUUAGAAUCCUUGUAUUUGUUAUGUGAUCUUAUUUUCCAUCCCAGUAAAUAUGAUAUAGCCUGUGUGCCAUCAAAAAUCUUGGAGAAAACAAAUGAAGCUUUAUUCUUGCUAUAUUGGAAUAAUUAAAAAAAAAUGAAACUCUGCUCAUCCCUAGUCACAAUAAAUUACGAUUUUACUUUAUUUUUCAGCUUUUAGUGUCAAACAACAUAAUGUCAGAUUGUCCCUGAGAGCAGAGACAAGGCAUAGAUAUCUGACACACUGUGGAAUCCUUUGCUUAGCGUGUAAGGCUGCAUAUCGUAUUACUGCUUAAUGUUUUCCAAGUUUUUAAACACAUUUUAUGCUUACUGCCAUAUGUUUACAUUUACGGUAUUUGAUGAAUCUUGGAGAAGUUGAAACUGAAGCAAUGUGUAUUUUCUCUGAUGUGUACCAUGGCUUUGUUUUGUACAACUGUGUGCACUCUAAAAAGGCUCAAGUAGCUUGUGAUGAAAGUGAGUACUUAAAGCACUACUUGUAGACAUGUUUGCUUACCGGUCUAAACUUUUAUAGCGUUUUAUACAGUCACAGCCAGCCAGGUGAACCAAUCUCAUUUCGGGUUCUGCAAUAACUUGUCCUGUACAAUAGCUUGUAUGUAGUAUAGUCUUCCAUACUUUCAUUCAAUGUGUCACUUUCACUCCUUUAAUAGUGGUAUGAAUUUACACAGUGCACAAAAAAAUGUUAAACAAAUGUACAAAAGUUUUUAGUGUAAAAUAUUUUAUGGCAUUUAGUGGCUGUGUUUAAAUGAAAUAUUUUAUUCAUAAGUAGCACAUGUUACGUCUAUAUCUUCAAUAUUUGUUUAUACUUGGUCAUAUACCUACUCUGCUUAGCAGUAAAUAGGUUCAUGAAAUGAUAAUGGUGAUGUAUAUUUGCUUUAAAUGCCUGUAAUGUUUGGAUAGCCCCACCUGUUCAUCUCCCAAAUGCUCAUCUGAUGCCUGAUAAACAUUUUAAUUAAUUUUGGAAAAGUUUAUGCGCAUUCCUUAUAUUUAGUGACAUGAGGCUUCAAGAGAAUGAGCCUGUGCCACAGAGAGAGGUGGAGGUGGUGCAGCAGUGAUGUAGUUCCUGUCGGUGACAUGACAGCAAUGUGUAGUAGAGAUUUCAUGGAAGGUUCAAGGAGUAGUCUCUGAGUAGUCUCUGCUAACAUGUUACCUCUUGAGAACUUUGUUUUUUUAAUGCUCUUUUUUUUUUUUUUUUUUAUGUGGAAAGAAUUGCCAUGAGCUUUUUUCUUUGUUUCAUCUACUUUCUUAAAAGUAAAAUAAAAAAAAAGGGGAAUGGUUUCCUUUUACAGGUUCCUAUUUUCUGUGCCCCUGCUAAAAACAUUCCUUUGAUAUUGAUAUUGAAAUAUUCUAUCUUGGGUGAUAAGUUGUAGCAUUAUUGUGUUUGUAUGAUUUUUUCUGCCAUGAAGUGAAGAUUACUUGAUUUACAUCAUUAUUGUGUUUAUAUAAUUUUUUUCUGUCAUGAAGUGAAGGUUACUUGAAUUACAUCAGAUGAUCCUGUAGCAAAAUAACAUGAUAUGCAUUCGGUCAGGAAUGGAAUGCCUUAGUAGACUACAUUCCUUGUUUAUGGUAGUUUAGAUUCAUGGUCUGUCAACAUCUUGAUCUUUUUGUUGACUGAUAUGAAUAUUCUGCACAAUUUAUACCUUAUUCCUAACAUUUUCUAGAGUUUGAUGUAGAUAUGCAAGUGCAAUAAGUAAUGUAUGCAUUCAUUUUUAGCAGAAUAAAAUCAGUAUUCCAAA